AUGAUUUUAAAUAUAAAUGAUACGAGUAAUGAUAAUGAUUUAAUAAAUCGUGCGAUUUGCGGUGGUUUUCAUGAUGCUACAAUUCCCGCAUUGGAAAUACAAAUUCGUGAACUUCGUGUAGCUCUGGCCGAUGAGAUCAAACUUCGCACCACUGAACGUGCAACUCUGGAUGAUGAACGUACAGCAAAUGAGAAAGACAAUCGAUUUCUCAAAUGA